AUGGAUCAGGAAGGACGCAGGAGCGUGGGGCGGAAGAGAAAGAUCGAGGACUGGGAUGACGUAGCCGGCUCUGGCAUGGAGCUAGAGACCAUUUUCGGGCAAGGCGAUGCAAAUCGGCUGCCAUCUCUACCGCCGGAAAUCGUGCAGCACUGUCUGUCCUUCCUGGGCGCCCAAGAUCUUCUCACCACGCGUUGCGUCUCGCGCCUCUUCCUCGCCCUCGCCGACCUCGACUCGCAGUGGCGGAGCUUGUAUGGGCGGGAAUGGUCGGCAACAGCGGCACAAGCGCGUCGCUAUCGCGAGGAGGUGCGGCGGAAGCUGGCCGCGGGGGAGAAAGACGAUGAUGAUGGCGAAGACGAAGAAGACGACUAUGAAGCCGAUGAAGAAGAAGCCGCCGUAGAAGAAGUGAACGAAGUGAAAGAACUCACCGAGGGCGUAUCAGCAGAAGAAGAGAGAACAGAAGGGACGAAAGAGAAAGAGGAGGAGGAGGGCAAGGUGGACGAGGUGUACGCGAGUCGCUCCGCGGAGCACGAGGAGUACAAGCGCGAUCUGCCGCUCGUGCGCGGGCUCACGUCGUGGAAGCAAUUCUUCUGGCUCCGAAGGAAAUUGGAGCGCUCCAAAGAAGUAGAGGCGAUACUCGGGGCCGACCCACACGAGAGGACUGCGGCCAUGUACCUCGCCGGCGGGUACCACCUCUACGAGAAGCGGCCCAAGGUGGAAGACGACCCGAUGCAGUGGAACGAAGACCGAGACGACCUCGACACGCGGAUGCUCUACUUGAACAGGAGGGACAUGCGUGCGGCCUACACGGGCCUGGGCAACGUGUCCAUCGAGUUUGCCGUCUAUCAAAAGCAGUUCCCACACACCAAGAGAGGCAUGGAUUGGUUGCGCACCUGGUACGAGCAAGCCAUCGAGGCCUACAAGAAAUCGGAGGAGUUGGCACCGAACGCCACGAUAAAGGCCAUCGAGCACUCCUACCUGGCCGGUGUGAUACGAACGUACGGUGAUUCGGACAUCCACACGCACGAAGAAGCCAUCGCAGUGUUCAAGAGUGCACUCGAGCUCUUCCCCGACCAAGCAAAUAGGACUGAGGAGGAAAACGAGGAGUGCGCCUACAUUAUGCACGAGAUCGCCACCAAACUGUUCGAGCAGGAUCAACCGCUGGAGGCGCUUGAGUGGUACAUCAAGGCGAUCGACGAGUACGAGCUGGCGAUCCACGAGUUCUCUGCGCCGCUGCUUCUUUCCAACAUGGCCGCUUUGCACCAAACUCGUCUGUCGCGCGCUGGAGCAGAUGCCAUCAAGGAGCAGGCGGAGCUGAUACCGGCCCUCGAGGCCAAGCUGUCGCUGAUCGAUGAAGCCGCCAGUAUAUACGCUGAGGCACAGGAGUUAGUAGCCCUCGGAGACACGGACAUGUGCAUCCAGUUGAUCCACGGGCUCGCUGUGGUCUACCUCACUCGAGCCUGUUUUCUCGACAACCACAUCUCUGCGGUGCAAGAGGACUACGACCGUGAGCCGACCGAGGUGCUCGGCGAACGGUUGGCGGCCUGGCGGAAGGACCUGCAAGAGUCCGUGGCGCAAGCCGAGCAAAUUCUCAACAGCACGGACAGUGCGCUGAACGAUCCCUACACCGACUUUUGCUUUGCUCGAAUCUACGCAGUCUCGCGUCGGUUCGAUGAGUGCCGAAAAUGGCUGGAAAAGUGCCGGCACAGGCGGUACCUGGGCAAGAUGCGGAAGCUCCACCGGCUGGCGUUCAAGAAUGUGGAGGACCAGGCCUGGUUCCAGCGCAUGGUAGACGAGCAGACCGCCGCUUCGGGCAGCCUCUGCAUCCCUGAAGAUGACGCCAGCGACCUACCCAGUACCUAG